AUGUACGCUGUACUAGUAUUCGUUGCAGUGGCGUUACUAGGAACUCACGCUUCCAACGUCAACAGGCACAUGAAGCUAUUAGACAUGGACAAUCACAUUGAAUCUAAAUUAAAACCAAGUCCACAAACGAAGAGAUUCAUCACGAUAACGAAGCGCCCGGCGGCCCGUAGCACCCACGUCGCAGGCUCUACGCUGGAACUCACAUGCGAAGCAAUCGCUGCGCCCGCGCCAUCUGUCCACUGGUUUAGGAACAACGCACCUGUAUACGAGUACGACAAGGAAUCAAACGAAAUAAUAGACACCAAUCCUUCAUCUCUCGGCCGAGUGAGCUCCACUUUACUCGUGUCCCGGAACGAAGCACCCUGUGAAUACACUUGCCUCAUCGUCGCUGGCUCGAAAACUGCUAGGGCUUCAACUAUUGUGUAUAGUUCAGAUAUAACUUCAGAGCUAACUGAACGCUCAAAGCUGGUGCCUCUAGCGCCGAAGAUCCUGGUUUCAUAUAAGGUGUUCGUGGACGUGAUUGGGUCCAACAUUGUGCUUCCUUGUCGUGUAAAGGGGCAUCCCCGCCCUAUAGUCACUUGGAAGGACAAUAGUGGCAACCCUGUUAAGAAAGAUCCUAGGAUGAAGGUGUUACGUUCCGGCGAGCUAGUAAUAUCCAGUCUUCGCUGGAGUGACAUGGGCGAAUUCUCGUGUCGGGCCACGAACCUCUUCGGCUCAGCUGAAGCUAACACUUUCGUCUAUCCGGCUCGGCCCAACGAUACAGACGGUUAG